AACAGCUAGCGCAUAUUCCGAAAUCUCGGCAAACGUCUCUGCUGAUGUCGGCAUAUCUGUUGUUUACUGAUAAAUUCAGAAAGCAAUUAUGCCAAAUUUCGGAAAAUUGAAGCAUUUUACCAAAAUAUCAGUGAAUGCAUUUAACGAAGUUCAGAAAUAUACGUAUUGAUUACUGAGCAAUCAGCAAAUUUACGUGUUGCUGAUCAGUUUCGGCAUUUUAUUAUGCCGAGCUCAAGAAAUGGUUUUAAGUGUGUAUAAAAAAGAAGACGAAAAUCCCUCCCAACGACACUUUUGACAAUAAUACUGACUAUGAAGUAAUGGAAUUACGAACCUAGCGCACCGCAAUCCUUGUUGUAUGGAAAUACAACCUUUGCACCAACGUUACCAGGUAUACCGAUUCCUCGGUAUUUAUACCGAUUUUGACCUCUAUACCGCAAUACAGAUGUGUUCUCCAAAAAUACUGAUAAUUCGCUGAUCAUACAGAUAAAUACCGAUUUUUUGUUUUAGUUGGAAUAGGCAUGAGAAAAGGUUGUCGUAGGACCUUUUUUUGCUCACUGAACUGAGCUCCAGUAAAAUUUUCCUGGUACUUAUGUAGCAGAGAUUCGGAUACCGAUAUGAUACCGAUAAUUUUUUGCGCCGGAUACAGGUUUUUGGAAAAACGACCUGACAACGUUGCUUUGCACUCUCAAGAAAAAGUUCCAAGAUUUAGCAAUGAAAAAGAAAAAUUUAAAAUAUCUUCUUUCUUUACUUUCCUUUAAUAGUACCUGAGUCACUCUUGCAAUUUGUUUUGUAGCGGGAUGAGAGCACGUUUCGUGGUUCAUAUUCACUCUCUCUCUCUCUCUCUCUCUCUCUCUCUCGCGCUAUUCCUUCACAGCAUGCCUUUCGAAGAGCCUACCAAUAAUAAGGUGCACACGUACUGGUUGUAUGAGAGUGAUAUGCAUUUGAUUUUAUUGAUUAACCCAAAAAAAAAUGUCACACCAUGGAAUCGGCAAGGAUAGUGACAAAGAUCCAUCGGCAACCACUUCGUCGGCUGCGGCAAAUGGAAUUCUGUCACAGGAGCAUUCUUGUGAGAUCUGUGGUAUGUCCAGUUUGUCCGAUGAUGCAAUGCGAGAACAUACACGUCAAUGCCAUGUGGAGGGCAGUGCCCAAUGCCCGUUUUGUGGACUGUGUGGAGUGCCGGCUGCCGAACUUUUGCUGCAUGUAAAUCAAGCUCAUUUGGAUUAUCUAACGCCCGAGAAUGAACUGAUGAGUUUCAUCGAUGAUCAAACUCCUAGUAUCGAUGGUGACUCCGAUUCUAUUUCCGACUGCCGUGGUUUAUCUCCUUCAAUAACAUCUGAACUUCUUACACCAGUGUCCAGUUCCAGUAUCAAACCCGGUAUCAGCAACGGCUCCCUAAUCACCAGUGGUACGUCGAUAAUAAAUUCAACAGUGCUUCAACACAACGGUAUCAAUGGAAUCAACGUUAGCAAUAGCAAAAUUAGUUCUUCGAUGAGCACUUCGGCCACGAGCAUCAGUAGUAAAUCAAGUAUCGGUAGCCAACUAAAUGGAAUCUGCAAUGGUAGCAUGAGUGCUAGUAGUAGCAGCAUCAACCAAAUGUCCAACAAUGCAAAUAAGAUGAAUCAACAGCCGCAGCAGUCUUUGCUGAAUAAUCAACAUCCAGAGGUAACUGUAACCAGUACAAGCAACAACAAAAGCUGUGAUAUUUUGAAUGGAAGUAAGGAAGUGAUAAUUAAUGGAGGUGGAGCAGGUUGUACCAGUGGUAGUGCUACUACUAGCAGCAAUGGCACUGGGGCUGGUGGUCAAGGAUCGCCUCUACGAUCUCAGCUGGGACUGAAGCUCAAAUCUCACAAACCAGUUGCAACCGUUAACAUAAAACCAAGCCCGCUGCAGUGUUUAUUAUGUCCGUACACAACAGAUAAUCCAAAUAUUCUUGAAGAGCAUAUUAAUCGAUCGCACUUUGAUCCACUAAGUCCCAGCAUAAACAAUGGAGCCAGUGGUCAUUCCCAUGUAGAUACUCUUAGUGCACUACAGUGUCCAAUUUGUGCGAGAACGUUUGAGUCUGGUUCGGAUCUGGAACUGCACGUCAACAUAGAACAUCGUGAUAUAUUGAGUCCUGCAAAAGCUGAUCGCCAAAACGGAGGUACGCCUGCGGCCGCAACUGUUAAUGGUAGUCUCACUGGGAGUCUUUGUCCUGUAUGUGGUAUUUCUUUCGAUAAUAUGAAAACAGCCGAGAUGGAGUUACACAUUGAGAAGCACUUUAGUAAGAGUCCUCAGAAUCCAAUCACAAAAGAACCAGAUUUGGAAAAGCAAGCUCAGAAAUUGAGAGAGCAACGUGAAUUCGAAAUGCUCCGCGCACAGUACGGCAUGGAUGACCAAGGCAACUUCCGGGAGCAAUCGGCAGCAGCAAUGCAACGUGCUGUAUAUGCCGGUGAGAUGAGCGUAGCGGAUUACUAUGAACGGCAGGUUGGAUUGCGGGCUGCAGAAUCGCACGGUGUCGAUGAUGGUUCAUCUUGCACAAAGACUGUCUCACCGAGAGUUCUUGCACUAUCAUCUUCGUCGCCAAAUGUGCUCAAAACGUUCGUCUGUUCAAGUGUUGACCAUUAUGCAUCCAGUUAUGGUGACAAAGGCUGGGGCUGUGGAUACCGAAAUCUUCAGAUGAUGCUUUCGUCAUUACUGCAGAAUACCGCAUAUAAUGAAGCGUUAUAUUCCGCUUGGGGAUCUCAUGGUCCAGCACGCACAGCUAUGCCAAGUAUAUCACGACUGCAGCGAAUGGUGGAAGCAGCUUGGGCUCAAGGAUUCGACGUUCAAGGUUCGGAACAGCUUGGUUGCAAAUUGCAUAACACGCGAAAAUGGAUUGGUGCUACGGAAAUUGUGACAGUUCUGUCGUGGCUGAGAAUCCGGUGUGAACUGGUGGACUUUCACCGUCCAACGUCGUCCGAUGGUCGCCACCCGGAGCUGUUCAAUUGGGUAUUACGUUACUUCGAAGAGCCAAGAAUACACACCCCUCCACUGUAUCUGCAGCAUCAAGGACAUUCGAGAACAAUCAUAGGAAUUGAGCAACGUACAUCUGGGCUUUCGUUGCUUGUAUUAGAUCCCAGCCAUGGGCCGCGACAGGUCGCUGCCCUUGGAUCCUCCCAGGAUUCGCUCCGAUUAAUACGGAAAAAUUCUGCUUCCAUGAGAGCUCCUCAAUACCAAGUGGUAGCAGUUAAAGGACUAAUCGAAACGGAAGAGCAAUACCAGGCGAGUAAAGUUUUGAGAUCACAUAGAAUACCACCAGACCGUUGACAUGCUGUAACCGUCGAACUGUUAUUCGUACGUGUUUUGCAAGUAUAAAUAAUAAUGUGUUUAAUUUUAUCUAGUCUAGACAAAAUUUUCCCAACUUAGAAGACCGACAGUAAAAAAUAGAAGUUUUGGAAGCCAGUGCGUGAAACACACAUAAGUAAACUUUUAAUUGCCACUAUCACCCAAAGAACACUCAAACACCGAACUCAAUUAGUCUAAUUCUAAACAAAUAUUGCAAUAAUCCACCCUACAGUAAAUAAAUGGUAAAGCAGUCGAGGUCUUGAACGAACAUCCCUAGAUCGUUGGCUGUUCUGUUGCUGCUCGCUACAAACCGUCAGUCAAUUCCAUAGAUUUCGGACAUUCUAGACGAUUGAGUUCCCGCUCACUAACAUACCUUGCUCAGCACUGAACGUCGAUUGCAAAUCAAUGUUGAAUCAAAAAAAGAAAAAUACAAACUAAAAGACAACAUGCUUGCCUUCGUUAUAGGUAUUAUUGCCAAUAAUUCUAUGAGAUAUUGAAUGUUAUCGGAAACAAUCUCCAUGUGUUUUCUAGUUUUAGAAUCUCGCUUUAGCUGGUCGUUCGAGUCGAAUGAUUAGUACAAGAUUUCAUAGCUUUAAUUACUAGACGUAGGCACAAAACUAAAGUACACAUUUUUUUUGAAUACUCGUUUUCAUGAUUGCUCAUAUAACAGUGUUGUUUUAGUUUCGGCAAGCAAUCGUAUUUGUUAGACGGAAGCUUCAAAUUUGUUAUUGAAAUAUUGUGCAAAGAUUCGUGGAUCUGUUAAUGGUUUUUUCCCUAAGCACUGCGAAAUCUAAAAAAGAAUUGAGGAUUAUUAGGUAUACUGAAUUUUAUAGGCGCGUAAUGUAAUUUCUCAACCAUUAAUUAGGAAGUCAUCGCAUCAUAUUUGCUUGAUAUGAAAAUGAUAGCUGAUUAUUUUAUUGUGGAUUUGUGAUGCUCUAACUGUAUCAUAAUCUAUGGAAAACUUUAAAUGCCUUUCAUGGUUCAUGUUCAGAAUUGAAACCAUUUUAGAAUCUAAUUCAAUUGUCAGAUUUUGUUUCGAAUAUUUUAGGACUAUUUUCUAAUAUCUGGGAAAAUAUUCACAAAUAAAAACAUAAGCGAUGCUUUGAUAACUAGAUCGUCCAUUCUAGAUAGCAUUGUACAGGAUUGUAAUGGAAGUCUUUAUAUUUGAGUGAAUUACUUUAAAUGUUCGCUUACUACGUGACACUCAGCCAAGCACAUCUAACAAACAUAGCUACAAAUUAGUGAACGUACUGAUAGUACGUGUAUAUUUGACAGGAAGAUGGAGUCUCUUUAUUUUUCUAUAAACAUUUGAAACGGAUUCAUAUACUCUGGCAGAAGGAACCAGAAACGAGAAAAAUACGUGAUACCUUACAAAAGUAAAAAAAAAAUAACGAUGCAUACGGGACAGUAUGUGAAUUGCAUAGCUAAAUGAACUACGGCAGUAAUUUGUAUAUUACAUAGACGAAUUUGGACACUGCAAAGUGCACACGCAAAAAAACGCGCAUACACCUCACAAUACACUAAACUGCAAGCAAAUCGAAUGUUAACUUAUCCUUCCCAAGAACGAGCGCUUUGAGUUUUUAGAACACGACACAUACUCAAUAACCAAAGUAAACAAGUGACUAAGCACGGAACAAAGGCUUUAUUUUCUCACAAAUUACUUCUAGGUGUAAUAUGGUUGAUAUAGUAUAAUAUAAUAACGAAGAAUCAGAACCUUAAGAAAGUGUGAUUAUAAACACCAUAUUGAUGACGACAUUAAACUUAACUAGAAAAAAAAACAAACAAAAUGAUUAGAAAAUACUAUGGAUUAUUAUAAAUAAACCGUUCUUGAUAUGUUGAAUGAAUACUUAACAUACGAAAAAAGCAUGCGAACCGCGAAUGUGUAUUCUUAACGUAAAAUAUAAAGUUAAAAAAGCAGGAGUAAAAUGCAACAAAAUUAAGUUCUUUAAGUAUUAAAGCGAAUCUAGAGAAGAUAUACCGUGAAAAUAAAUUUUAUAAAAUUGCUUCAAAAGAAACGAAUAAAAGUGAGACAAACAAUUUCAUUCCA